UUAUUACAAAUUAAAUUAACAACAUCUUCAUUAUAUAUUUUAAAGUAUGUAAGUCCUUUUCAACUGGCAUUAAAAGAAGUCUCUCUAGUUUUUUGGCUGAGAAAGACAAUAAUUUCUCCAGUGGUUAAAGAAACAUUUAAGUUAUAAAAAAGUGGUUUCGCACCUCACUUACGUACACACACACACACACACAACUAUACAUUAUAGUUGACAUAGUUUUAUACAGAACACAUUCGUCAUUGAUGGACUACGUCAACGUAUCGCGUGCAUUAUCGAUUCUUGAGAGUAUAACAGCAACAACAGUAAUAUACUAUUGAUGCAUUCAUAGUUAUUAACCAUCAAUUUGGAUUUAUAAUAUAUUAUCAUUCUAUAUUAUGUCACCAUCCAGAAAUGCGACUGUAUUCACCCGAAAAUAAUAACGGCCAAUUUGUUUUUGGCUACCGGCUCAAUUUUUACACGGCCCACAGAGAUUGUCUUGGUAGCGUACUAGCGUCGGUUUACUUCAGGCCAGCCGCCGCGAUUGAAUUGGUAACCUGAUAAUAAUUAUUAUGUUAUAAUAAUAAACUCAAUGAUUGUGUAUUACUCGUAAAGAAAUCAGGAAGUCCGAAGUGUUUUCGAACGGCUGAGUAAUAAUAUACACGUGAUUUUCCUUGACAAAUUAGUCUGUUUAGUAUUAUAGCACACUGUACCUAAUGGAUGUGUUGAAUUUGUAGACAAUAACAGACAUUUAUUUUUUUCAAUAAUUGAGAAUGAUCUAAUAUAAUUAUGACGCGAUUGCUUAAUAUUUCAGAUAACGUUUUAGUUAUAAUAUUCCGUUUCUAUACAAUGCGUAGGUAUACCUUCAUGAUAUAAUAUGUACUAAACUAAAUCCAUACAUUUCACGAGGUGCAGCGUACAAUAAUUAAAAUUAUGAGAUAAGGCAUCGCUAUAUAAUAAUAUCAAAGUACGCUAAAAAGAAUCGAAUUCGUACAUUGUAUCAAUGUAUCCACUAUACACGUUAGAUACAUCAUAAUGUUGCAGCAAAUAUUUAUUGUUCAUUCAUCAUAUCAUAUACAAUGGCGUAUAGUACGUUUACUACACCACUUAUUUCCAGGAAUUCAUGUGUCUGGAAAAAUCAUCAAACCAUUUCAAAUGGAAUACAAUUCAAAUCAAAUGAUAUCAUAACAAAUGUCGAACAAAAUGUCACCACGAACAAACUGUCAUGGGGAGAUCUUUUUCCUCAGAUAUUAGCCAGUGUAGUUGCUUUUUUGUUGGCCACUCAGCCCGGAAUCAAUAUGGUUUACUCGAACAUAUUUCUGAAUCACUACGAAUUUACAGAUGUUUCAGAGUUAUCUUGGUUAACUAGCAUUCUGGUAUUUUGCACGCCAAUCGGGGCGAUCACAAUCGGCGUCAUAAUGGACCGGAUCGGCAGGAAGAACGCGUUUUUACUCACAUCCGGCACGCUCUUGAUAUCCUGGUCGAUCGCUUCGGUUGCUCGGCCCGAAAACAUGCGUCUGAUCUACGCUUGCCGAUUUUUUGCUGGCAUCGGCGGAGAUUUUUUAACAGGCAUGACGUCCAUGGUCGUCGUUUACGUCUCGGAAAUAGCUCAUGCUUCACACAGACAAGUUUUGUUGUCGUUGAACAGCGUGUUCUUUUCAGUGGGCGUACUGUUUGCCACCACCGUCGGAUCGCUGUUCCAGUGGCAGACAGUCAACGUGAUAUUUUUCAUAUUCACGGCCGUCACGACGGUGCUCCUGGUCAUCUUCUUGCCGGAGAGUCCGGUCUGGCUGGCCAAGUUCCGGUCUGCCCGUACCUACGACGCAAGGACUUCGUUGAGAAGAAUAUACCCGAAGAACGAUCAAGUGUUCAUGGAAGAACUGGAUCAUCUGUACCGCGACUCCACGACCACCGCGGAUAGCCCGGAAGUACAUCAGCCGCAACACUGCAUCGGCUGUGAACAAGCGACUAAACGACGAAGGUUGAAGCGGUGCUUCUGGUGGCGUACGCCACAGCCGCGGACUGUGACCCGGCCCGUGCGCGUGCUAGCCAUCGUGUUCCUUCUGCAGCAGCUGAGCGGUUGUUACCCGGUGAUAUUCUACGCGGUGCCUGUCAUGCGGUCGGUGGCUGGCACCACCGCCCUCGGUGGACCUUACUCGGACAUGGAAGCGAUGGUGGCACUGGGCGCUGUCCGCCUGUUGACCAGCGUGGUGGCGUGCGCGCUGUCCUUGCACGUCGGGCGCCGGCCGCUACUGAUCGCAUCGUCGUUGGCCAUGGCGUGCUCGGCUGCCCUGGUCGCGUUGACCUACAGUCCAACGGCGGCACCACUGUGGCCGCUGAUAGGGGUCGCGGUGUUUGCAUGCAGUGGCUCGGCCGGUGUGCUCGUGUUCCCGUGGACGCUGGUCGGCGAACUGUUGCCUGUUUCGGUCCGGGCUUCAGCCGGCGCUUCGCUCGUGGCGUACGCAUACACGCUCAUGUUCGUCGUGCUCAAAGCAUUCCCGUACGCGGUGGCCGACGACGACGGUGGUUCCGUGGCCACGACAUUCGCCGCUUUUGCUGCCGGAUCGCUGGCCAUGGCCGCGUACGUGCACGCCCGCCUGCCUGAGACUAUGGGCAAGCGGUUCGACGAGAUCGAAGCGCAUUUCGCUGAUGACAAACACGCGGCGACCGCUACCCGCAACGCCCACUGCAAGACGAGUUAUUUGAUGACGCCGCCGUGAUAUCGGCAUAUACUUACAACGCCGCGUCGCGUCGUAAAGGGUGAUAAUCGUUACAUAACUGCAGUUACUAUGUGUAUAAUAUUAUAUAUUAUAAUGGACGGUGCGAGAAUUUAAAUGAUGGGAAUAUUUUGUUGUGUUGUGGUUUGGGCAUUUGACCCCGAGUAUUACGGUGUUUUGUGAAAAAACAUUUUCCUAGUAUAUGUUCAGGUUUUUGUCUUAUCGAAAUAUUUUGUUUUGAUAAUUUUUCUCAUCUCAAAUUAUAUAUUUUUGAUAAAACUGGAUUUAUAGUAAUUUUCAGAAAGUUAUGAUUUUAUUAUUAUAACAUAUUCGAUACAUGCUGACAUUGAUAUAUUAUAUUCCCUCUUAAUUGCGGCACCUUCCGUUUUAUGUUCCCGACCAUAAGUUGAAACAUACCCGAUACACAACCCGAUCAUAAGUAUUAUGAGCAUAAUUAUUAUCGUACCUAUUCAUCAUUUUAGAGUGCAGUGAGGCACGAGUCGACGCAUGUUCGCUUCCACACCAUUGCAGAAGGGUCGAUACUCGAUGUUGUCUAUAAUAGUACUGCGGUGUAUAAAUUAUAAUAUAAUAUUAUAUUGUUAUGAAAUUCGACGUACAUUUUUUUCUGUUUAUAUUCAUCGUUCGUGUGUUUUUUUUCUUUGUAUUUUUAAUGUAUUAUUUUUUUAUUACUAUGACUUUCAAACCUUUAUAAUAAUAUGUAAAUCAAAGACUUAAAUAAAAACAAAGUUUAUCGCACGGUUUUUAAGGUGGACGCCGGAAAAUAAUACGA